AAUGAAGAUAUUUCAUCUCCUAAUCUUAAUGUAGUCACCAAGACACUACCUGAUAAAAAAGAAAAUUUAGCCUUGGAAAGUAUAAGAUCCAUUUAUGCAGAGAUAAUCAGGGCUGUCAUGGAAUCCCCGUCGGUUUUGGAUUUUAUCGGAAUUGCAAACCGAUAUUGAUUUCACUACGUGUCAUGAAACCGUGUCGGUUUUGCUUUUUUCGAAUAUAAACAAAGCCGAUGUUCGAACAGCUGUUUUGUUGUGGAUCGCAAAUUUUAUUUUCGCUUUUUUGACAAAAAUUUGUGAAAUUCAAUUGUUUUCAUCAAUAAAUUAUAAAAAUUGAAUAAAAAUAAAAGUAUAUGAGUAAAAAAUGGCAUCUGCAGUUGUAGCGUUCAUGUUGAUGGAAGAAGGAAGUUGCGAGAAGGUCAAAAGGAAAAUUUUGAGGGAUUGCAGCAACCCGCUUGAGCUGCCGGAGACAGCGUUCAUAGCGUGUUAUAGGCUAAAUAAAGAGGCUUUCCAAAUGGUGCUUGACACUAUUGGCGGACACUUGACACGAUCUCAAGUUCCACCAGUACUGCAGCUAGCAGCUACGUUGCGAUUUUUAGCUGAAGGAUCUUAUCAAACAUCAGUUGGAAACGAUUCCAGCAUUAGUGUAGCUAGGAGCACGGUGUCAACGAUUUUGGGUGAUGUGCUUACGAUUAUGAAUCAGUUGCUUUGUCCAGAGUAG